GAUUUGUUGUGAUGCGGCUUAGAUCUUAAUUACACUCGGAUGCUCGCUUAGAAAUAGAUAAUUUUUACAAUUCAAUUCACCCUUAAUCUGUCAUUUCGUUUUUGAAAUCAUUGAUCCAUCGUGAUUGGGCUUUAUGCUUACCAUCCGGGUUGAUUACUAGAUAUGGGGGUUUACCUAAGCACACCUAAAACUGAUAAAACAUCCGACGAUGGUGAGAAUGAGAAACUGAGAUAUGAAGUCUCAUCCAUGCAAGGAUGGCGCACAUCAAUGGAAGAUGUUCAUGCUGCUUUACUUGACUUGGACAACUCCACAUCUUUCUUUGGAGUUUAUGAUGGCCAUGGAGGUCAGGCAGUCUCUAAGUUCUGUGCCAAGUAUCUUCACCUGCAAGUCCUGAAGCAGGAAGCUUAUGCUGCUGGUGAUAUUGGAACUGCUGCCCAGAAAUCUUUUCUCAGAAUGGAUGAGAUGAUGUGUGGACAACGUGGCUGGAGAGAGUUGGCUAUAUUGGGAAAUAAAAUGGAUCAAUUCAGUGGCAUGAUAGAGGGACUAAUUUGGUCACCAAAGGGUAACGAUUUAAAAGGUCUAAAUGAUAAUUGGUCUACUGAGGAGGUACUUUCUUUCUUCCUUCAUACACACCAAAUAUACUGAUGUCUGGAUGAAAUGAGUUGUUUCAAUGAAUUGAUGU